GGAUGGCAGGAUGGUGAGGGGCGGUGAGGGAUGGCAGGAUGGUGAGGGGCGAUGGAGGAUCGCAGGAUGAUGCUCUCGCGGGCCAAGCCGGCCGUCGGGGGUACCCCGCCGUCGGGAGACAGGCGGAGGAAGAAAGGGAAGGAGGUGCCGCAGUUGGAAGAACUCUUGGCCCAGAGGGACUUCACCGGCGCGAUCGCCUUGCUGGAGUUUAAGCAGCACGUGGGUGAGGAGGAGGAGGAUGGCAACCUUUGGAUUGGAUACUGUGCAUUUCAUUUGGGUGACUACAAGAGAGCUCUGGAGGAAUAUGAGGCCUUAACCAAGCAACCAACUUGCAGUCCAGAUGUUUGGGUGAACCUUGGCUGUACUUACUUUUUUCUGGGGAUGUACACGCAAGCAGAAGAAGCAGCUUUGAAAGCACCUAAGAGUGGUCUCCAGAACCGUUUACUCUUUCACCUGGCACAUAAGUUCAGUGAUGAAAAGAAACUGAUGAGCUCUCACCAGAACCUUCAAGAUGUUACAGAAGAUCAGCUUAGCCUGGCAUCUAUCCACUACAUGCGGUCCCACUACCAAGAAGCUAUUGAUAUCUACAAGCGCAUUCUGCUGGAUAAUCGGGAAUACCUGGCUCUGAAUGUAUAUGUGGCUCUGUGCUAUUACAAACUGGAUUACUAUGAUGUAUCACAGGAAGUGCUAGCUGUUUAUCUUCAGCAAGUUCCUGACAGCACCAUUGCUCUUAACCUUAAGGCUUGUAACCAUUUCCGACUUUACAAUGGAAAGGCUGCAGAGGCAGAGCUCAAGAACUUGACAGACAGUGCCUCAUCAUCUUUUGAGUUUGGCAAGGAGCUCAUUAAGCACAAUCUGGUAGUUUUCCGAGGAGGAGAAGGGGCUUUGCAAGUCCUACCUCCUCUGGUUGAUGUUAUUCCUGAGGCAAGACUGAAUCUUGUGAUUUACUAUCUCCAGCAAGAUGAUGUGCAGGAGGCUUAUAACCUGAUUAAGGACCUGGAACCUACAGCUCCACAGGAGUAUAUCCUCAAAGGGGUGGUAAAUGCAGCACUUGGACAAGAAAUGGGCUCGAGAGAUCAUCUGAAAAUUGCUCAGCAGUUCUUCCAGUUGGUGGGGGAAUCAGCCAGUGAAUGUGAUACCAUUCCAGGGAGACAGUGCAUGUCCUCCUGCUUCUUUCUUCUUAGACAAUUUCCUAAUGUCCUAAUUUACCUCAACUCAAUCAAGGAAUAAACUUCAGUGGAAUCUCUGCAGCUCUUAAAAUGGGGCUGCCCUCUAUGAAGAUUAUUUGCUUAUUUUCUCAAGAAACACCACUUUGAUCCAUGAACAAUUAAAACUGCUUUAGGCAUAAGAAAGUCUCAGAGGACACCUUACUAUAAAUGUAUUGCCAGCUGCCCCGAGGGUGACAUUAUAACACUGUCAGGGAUUAACUGAGUAAAAAUGUGAUUCAGGCUCUGCUGAGUUGUGGCCACAAUGGGAAUUCUUCAUUUUUAAGCUGUGUAUCUGAGCAUCUCAUUGAAAUGGACAUCACUCAGAGAUCAGUUGAUUUUAUGAAAACAUUGAAAACCUCUGAAAAGACCGCAAAAGAGUAAAGUGAACCACAUAUAAUGUGGGUUAAAACAAAACAAAACAAAACAAACAAACAAAAAACCCAAACAAACAAACAAACAAACUAGCUGCUGUAAAUGUGUUGUAUUAUCAGAAGCCCAUGUUCAUUUCUCCUGGUUUUGGUUUUGCAGUAGGACUGGUCUCUAACAUUUAUAUGGCCAAGACAGAAUGACACAUUUUUUGAGUUUGGUUGUUGACAAAGGUUCUUCUCCAUUUUAAUUAAAAAUACAGUGGGGUCUGCUUUAACAGAAGAAAGCAUUCACACAGUAAAACUAGCACCUGGCUCGCCAGCUUUGCUUAACCUGGGACUUGUGCUGAUUCACAUGAAACUACUGUUGAGAAAGAAUGCAGUAAAGUGUCAUAAUCCUCAAAUGGCCAAACCCAUUGGUUCACUGUAAGAGCACUGAAAUGUUUUCACAAACUGAGCUUAAGGUUCACCUCAAUUGGUUCUUCCUCAUGCUGUCACACAGCUUGCUGUAUUUGCUGGCUUGUACACUCUACCAU